CUUGGACGUAAAAAUGAAAAAAUCUACGCCAUUAAAGUAAUGAAAAAGUCUGAAAUGAUAAAUAAAAAUAUGGUGAACCAAGUUUUAGCUGAACGUGAUGCUCUUGCAAUUAGCAGAAGUCCAUAUGUUGUGCAUUUAUUUUAUUCACUUCAAUCAAAACAGAAUAUAUACUUGAUAAUGGAAUAUAUGAUUGGUGGUGAUGUGAAAUCACUAUUGAAUAUUUAUGGCUAUUUUGAUGAAGAUAUGGCAAUUUUUUAUGCAGCAGAAGCAAAUCUUGCAUUAGAAUAUUUACAUCAGCAUGGAAUUGUUCAUAGGGAUUUAAAACCAGAUAACAUGUUAAUAAACAGUAAUGGACACAUUAAAUUGACUGACUUUGGUCUAUCGAAAGUUAACUUGAAUAGACUUUAUUUUCAGAAUAAUUCUCCUUCUGAAACUCGCCAUUUAUCUUUAUCUGGUACUGCUUGGAUGUCUUAUGAAUCAAAUCUAAGUUCCAAAAAAAUACAUUCAAAUACAAAAUCUACACCAGAAUACUGCAGUUCUUUUACAAAACGAUUACAGCAAGUAAGAAGUGAAUCAUUAACUACAGAUUCUAGCAAUAAUGCAAAAAUAAAUGAAAAUGCAAGUAGUACUAAUAAAGAAAAUGAAGGAUCAGACAGUCAAAUAGAAUUGAGUAAUGAAAAAUCCUCUUCUCAAUUAACAUCUGAUCCAAUUGGAACAACACCCAGCAGGAAACUUCGAAAACGUAAAUCUUCUAAAACGUUGCAAGAUUUCCAAGCCAAGAGACAUUAUCAUAAAAAGCAAAGUAAUGAUUCUUCUGAUAAAUAUAAGAAACGAAAACGAUGCAGUUCUUUCAGAUCCUCUGAUAAAUGUGCCAAAUAUAAGACUGGGAUUUCUGAUGAAUUUUCAGAAUUAAGUGUAAAAAAUUUCAAUAAGAAAAGGAAAUUAACAAUGUGUGACUCUAGUCUAGAAAUGGAUUCUAGUGGAAAUGUGUUCAGUCCUAACAAUUAUCGGAAUAAAAGUAGUUCAGGAAAAAUUGAUAGCUUGUCUGGUAUAAUAUCUUUGACUCCUAGAUUUGAUGAUGUUACAGCCAUAUUGUCAGAAAACUGUUGUGCAUUAAAUACAUCUACAGAAGAUGAAAUGGAAACAAAACAAUGUCUGGCAAGUAAUGAUGAAAUUAAAAAGAUGACAAGAUUUGCCGAACCUCUCAAUUCAGAAAUUAAAAAUGAAAUUUAUGAUGAUAAAAGGAAGUCUUUUAAUUCUGUAACUCCCACAUUUACUAAUAAUUCUAACAGAAAUUCUAUAACUAAAAUGAAUUUUACACCUAAGCUAUCUGCUCCCACGCCUUAUCGUACGCCAAAGAGUGUUCGGAGAGGCCGCCAACCAAGUAGCAACUAUCGUAUUUUUGGAACACCAGAUUAUCUAUCACCAGAAUUAUUACUUCAUCAAAAUCACAGUUUUCCUGUCGACUUGUGGGCUUUAGGAGUCUGCCUAUUUGAAUUUCUGACAGGAAUUCCUCCAUUUAAUGAUGAAACACCAGAAGCAGUAUUUAAGAAUAUUCUUAAUAGGGAUAUUCCAUGGCCAGAAGGAGACGAAGAACUAUCUUCAAAAGCCAGAUCUGCUAUAGAACUACUACUGACAGUUGAUCAGAAAAUUCGUCCAACUGCAAAAGAUGUAAAAAAUAUAGAAUUGUUUCGGACAACAGAUUGGGAGAAUUUGUUAUUAAAAGAAGCACCUUUUAUACCCAUACCAGAUGAUGAGACAGAUACAACAUAUUUUGAAGCUAGGAAUCACAACCAAAACUUAAAAGUGUCAAAUUUUGAAUUAUAGGAGUUGAGAUAUUUUUGCAAUUAUUUAGAAAGAAAAACAAGAAAAAAAAAUCUUUAUUUAUACAAGUUUUAUUUGCUGUCAUAUACAUA